AUGGGUGCUACUGUUUUCUGGAUUGGAGAGUGGAUUAUAAAGCGAAUGCCCUUUGUUAAGCACAUAUACUCAGCCUCCAAGCAAAUUAGUGCCGCAGUUUCUCCAGACCAAAAUACCACUGCUUUUAAAGAAGUGGCAAUUAUUUGUCACCCACGUGUGGGUGAAUAUGCAUUUGGUUUUAUCACAUCAACAGUCAUUCUUCAG